AUGGAUCAUUCAAAAGAUGGCGAUGUGACCGCUCUAUUUGAACGUAUUCGUGGGGAACAGAACGGUCGCCUUGAUAUUGUUGUAAAUUGCGCAUUCUCUGGUAUCCAGUUUCUGUUACGCAAUCGUGACCGUGGUUGUCACCAGAUCACCGAAUGCAGCCCCGGUGAAGCGUGGGAUCGAGUCAACAAUGUGGGUCUGCGAAAUAACUAUGUGUGUACAAUUUACGCGAUUCGACUUAUGUUGGACUGGCAAAAGGAUUUGGCGAUGGCAAACAACUCUGUCGAUCCGGCAUCAGCACCGCGUCCGGGAAUUAUUAUCAACAUGUCCUCACCUGGGGCUGUUAUGUACAUGUUCAAU